AUGUCCGACAACAUUACAAGUACUUCUACAGCUGAUCUCCCGACAGUUGAAGAAAUUAAUGGAUGGAGUCGAGAUAGGGUUAAGGAAUUUUUGCAAGAAAGGAGAGCUGAAUUAAAUCUUGAGGACGAAGAUAUCAAUAUAAUAUAUAAUCAGAGAGUCAGGGGUGAUAUCUUCCCUAAACUAACCGAAGUAACUCUUGAAAGGUGGGGGAUACCAGGUGGACCGGCUAUAGCAAUCGCAGAAUUGGUUAAACGAGUUAAAAGAGAACAAUAUAUCAAGGAAAAUAAGGAUUUGAAAUAUCAUAUAUUCUAUCUUGAGUUAGCCAAUACAAGAAAUUCUGCCUCUGUGUACAGACAUGUGAGAGAACGUGGAGAAGUCCAACUUUGGAAAAUUGAGGAGGAUAUCACACCACUAGAAGAGGCUAUAAACGAUGUAUUUAAUCAAUAUCGUAAUGCUCCUGCUCAAGGAUUAAGUGAAAUUAAUGUAAACCGACCAUUUUGUAAGAAUUUUGUGAGUGAAAUCGUAAAUCAGAUAGAAAGAAAUGACUUACUUGUAGUUGGAGAUAAUGGCGACCGGAGAGAAGAUGAAGUUUUCCCUGAUAUCAUAAUUGGUCCUGUCGGUUUCUACGCAAAAUUGACAAAAAACCCACCUGAUUUAUCAAAGGGUUUGGGUUGGGAA